AAUGAGCGGAUUAAAAAAAGAAAAAAUUUCAAAAAUGGAAUUGGUUAAUGAGCCAAAUAUUGAGGAGGAAGAAGAGAUAAUUGAAGUGGAGACUGGAAAGGAAACAACACAUAAGGCAAAAUCCCCUGUCACAAAAUUAAAUAAUGGGAAAAUUGAGAAGAAUAACAGCAUAAAUCCGCGUGUGUUAUGGAAAUUGAUGCGGAUGAAAGAUACGCCAAGAAUUGAAAUUAGAAUCUGCAAAAAAUGUGCUAAUGCGCUUUAUAAUGAUAAGAAUAAAUUCACUCAGAAGGAAAAUGGAAAUAUUGGAAUUUGCUUUGAAAUUUGUGAAAGCUGCGCAAAAUUAAAUAUGCAAUUCAAGGAUUUUGUUGCUGACUGGGAUGAGAAGAAUAUAGAAAAGUUGAAAAAGUGA